CAGACCUUCCACCUGCCCACAAACUACAGAUCCCUCCCGCCCAUCGUCAAGGCCGCUGACGCGGUCAUUUGCGCCGGGGGGCAACCGGCGCUGUAUCAGCCGGCCAUCCCCGCGCGCAGUGACCCACGGGUCGGCGACGCAACCAUCCAAAUAGACAGCUAUGACGACUCAGACGAGGAGGCGGAAGCGCUUGCAAUGCAAAUCAAGAACUGGAUGCGGGAGGACAAGGCACGCGGGGGAGAGCAGCCGAAGCUUCGGUUGUCCCAGAUUGCCGUACUGUACCGCACCCGAGACAUGUCCCGACCGGUUGAAGAGGCACUGACACGGGCGAAAGUGCCGUUCCGGGUAAUCGGAGGCAUGCCCUUCUGGGAAUACAAGGAAAUCCGAGACGUGGUGGCGUACCUGCAUGUGCUGUUGGAUCCGACCCGCAGCGACGUCUUCCUGGAGCGGAUCAUCAACGAGCCCAAGCGGAGCAUUGGUGGCAAGUUGCUGGAUUCCUUGCGCAGCGCCGCCAGGGCAGCCGGCACCACCCUGGGUGCGCUGCUGCUUGGGGACU